AUGGGAACUAUUGAAAUAUGGGCAGAACUUUUGGAGAACGCUAAAUGCUUGAUGGACUGUGAAGCUGUAGAAAUUUUACAAGGAAUCCAAGUGCAAAUGGUCAUACUUUCUGAAGAUCCAGCAAUUAAAAUCCCCAUUUCAUUUGACAGGGGACUACAGUAUGCCAAGAGGGGUAGCCAUUAUACAAGUCCACACUCUGUUAGACGAGUGCUUGAAAAUAGUGCUCUCAAACAGCACAAUGUUUCUGAUGGCGAGGUGUCCAUGAUUGCCAAUGUAGGUCCAGAAUCUGUGGAAGAAGUUUUUGCUCUUGUCCCGUCCUUGAAGGUGAAAGAAAUGGUGCUUUGUGGAGCUGGAGGAACCAGUGAUGCAAAACAGGUCAUGGUGGGCUAUUUGGAUGCAGCGGCCAAAUGA